AUGGGGUUCCUCGACGGCUUAUGCGACUCCCCGGAUGGAGAGGCGAAGUUCUCCUGGCAUGAUUUCUGGCGCCUGGACAAUGUCUGCUCCCUGACGACGCUAGGCGCCGUGGUAGCCGGCCUGGUCGCCCUGCUGUCCUUCGUCGCAAUGCUGGUGCAUUACGGCUGCAGCAGCAGCGGCGGCGGCGGUUGCCGCGCUACGGGCUACGCCAACAAGCUGUGGAACGGCGUCAACGACGGCGGCGGGCGGGAGGAGACGAAAGGAAACGACGCUGACGACUACGGCGGCGGAAACUUCGCCUCAAGCGCAGCCGAGCCGCUGCUUGCGGGACACGACUCCUCCGCAGCAGGCGCGGGCGGGGACGGUGAUGAUAUCGCCAACUCCUUCUUCGGCGUCGUGGCGGCGACCACAGACGAGAACGACCACGAGGCCGGGAAGGUGGGCGGGGCGGGGGGCAAGAAGACGCCCAAGAAGGGCACCGGUGUCCACUGGCUCAAGCUCUUGCUGUACUGGAUCCAGGCCGGGUACCACCUCAGCGUGGGAGCCUUCACCCUGGUCGACGGCCACGCUGACAACAACCCAUACAAGUACGUGUCCUUCUCUAUCCUGAUCCUGGCGUGGACGGUUCACUGCUGCACCGAGUGCGUGCACCACGCCAUGAUGGGAAGGCGGCGCAACCCUGUAUAUCAGGUCAUUUUUCCGACGAUCGCUUUCGGAACGGCGCUCUGGAUCUUGCUCCGGACCGACGGGUUUGGUGGAGUCGAUGCAUCCGAGCCUGCGGCGUGGGACCUCGGACUUCUGUUGCUGAUCGUGGCGGUGGAGAUCUGGUCUUGCAUUCGUGUCGUGCCCAUCAAGUACUACUACCACUUGACUCCGGAGUACUCCUCGAGCAUCUGGUCGAUGUACAACUUCAACUGGUACACGCGCGUCAUUGACAGGGGCUACAAGGGAGAGCUUAAGAUGGAACAGCUGCCGGAAAUUGUUGACGAUGACCGAGCGGAGACCAUCUGGGCGCGCUACGCGAAGCUGCUGUACCCCCGUGGGCAGAGUGCCGUUCUAGACGGAGAGGAGCUGGACGUGGGCAGGAACAUCGUCCGCCUUGGGGGAAAGAGAUACUUCCUGCAGGCGGCGACUGCGCUCGUCGGGGCGCUCACGCAGCUCGUGUCGCCCUUGGCUCUCAACCAGAUCACGGACUACAUGGACACGUACGAUAAGGAUGCCCCGAAGCAGGGCAUCCCCCUCGUCGUCGUUGCUUCCGUCGCAGGGCUUUUCUUAGGCCAGGGCGUGGCGAACUACUGUGACGCGACCAUGUUCAAGCUCGGGCGUCGCAUGGGCAUCCGGUCCCGCUCGGCGCUGAUAUCGGCGGUGUUCCGCAAGGCGAUGGCCCUGGACAUGAGUAGCGCACACGCGGGACAACUCCAGAACCAUAUCUCCGUGGAUGCCGAGGCGGUGCUGAACCUCAUGGUGUUCCAGAUGUUCAUGUGGAGCGCGCUGGUGCGUCUGGUGUCGUGCAUCAUUCUGCUCUUCUGGGUGUUGGGCGUGUCGGCCAUCAGCGGGCUCAGCCUCGUCUUCCUGUCGCUGCCCCUCAACAAGGUUCUGGUAGAAAAGCUCAAGGCCUUCCAGCUCGAGCUCAUGAAGAGGCGUGACGAUCGCAUGUCCGUGGUGAACGAGGCCAUGAACGGCGUCCGCAUCAUCAAGCUUUUCGCCUGGGAACCGAACUUCCUCAAGAAGAUGGUCGAUGCCCGAUCUUUGGAGAUGGUCCUCUUGAGGACGUACAUGUUCACCCUGGGGUGCUUCAUGGUGGUGGUGAAGGCAUCCCCGAAUGUCAUAGGCACAGUGACCUUUCUGGUGCACACCAAGCUCCUUGGGUACCCUCUAACGGCUGCGACCGGCUUCACCGCCCUGGCUCUGUUCAACCAGCUUCGCAUGCCCCUCAUCGUGCUCCCCGACACCCUCAACUACUACAUCCAGGCUCGGGUUAGCUUCCGGCGGAUCGAGAGCUUCCUGUCCCGCUCCGCAGACGACGUCCGCAACGAAGAGGUCUACGGCAAAGCCGGCUCCGACCGUCACUCGCCCGACCUAGCCUCCGGCGAGAUCAAGAUUCAAAACGGAUCGUUCCGGUGGAGACAGUCUCUGGCGCUCUCUCGCCCCACGCUCUCCAACAUCAACCUUGAGAUCAAGCCCAAGCAGCUGGUUUGCGUGUACGGCGCUACCGGCGCGGGCAAGAGCUCCCUGCUAAUGGCCUGCCUCCAGGAGCUUGUGACGGUGGAGGGCAGGAGCCUCAUGAACGGCUCCGUGUCGUACGCGAGCCAGCGGGCGUGGAUCCAGAACGCGACGGUGCGAGAUAACAUCUUGUUCGGCUGCGCGUUCGAUCCCCGGCGCUACGACAUGGUUCUUGAGGCGUGCGCUCUCGAGUCGGACUUGGAAAUCCUUGACUCCGGGGACCAGACCGAGAUCGGAGAGAAGGGGGUCAACCUUUCGGGGGGGCAGCAGCAGCGGGUCAGCCUUGCGCGGGCGGUGUACGCGGACUCGGACAUCGUGCUGCUCGACGACGUCCUAAGCGCCGUCGACGCCCACGUGGGCAAGCACAUCUUCGACAAGUGCAUUCGCAAGGUGUUGAAGUUCAAGACGGUGGUGCUGGUGACGCAUCAGGUCAACAUGUCCGCACCAUACGCCGACAAGAUCGUCGUUCUAGAUGGUGAUGGCACCAUCAAGGAGCAGGGAACCUACGAGGAACUUACCGCACAGGGAGAGGGCCGUCUGACGGAAGUUAUCGAGGCGAGCGGUGCGAAGGCGACGCUCGUGCGACAGAGCAGCGACGCCAGCGUGGGGGGCGAUGACAAGGACACGAAGGACCCCAGAACGGCAGACUCCGGCAAGAAGAUCAUCGAGGUAGAGAAGCGGGCCGUGGGCCGGCCCAAGCUCGCCCUCUUCACCACCUACUUCCGCUACUGCGGGGGGCUGUGGUUCGGAAUCUUCUGGGCGGGACUGUCGGCUUUGUGGCAGGGGCUGUCGGUGGCCCAGAGCUUCACCCUCAAGGACAUGGCGCGAAGCGUGUUCGGGGCGCCGGUGAGCUGGUACGACGCCACGCCUCUCGGCCGCAUCUUCAACCGCUUCAGCUCGGAUAUCAUCACGCUGGACAAGGACCUCAUGAACGACGUCUCGAGCUACUCCGACAUGCUUCUUGGAGUGGUUGGCGUGGUGGUGGUGAUAGCCACGGCCAUCCCCGCGCUGACGGUGGCCAUGAUCCCCGUCUUGGGGCUCUGCUACUACUACUCGAACCGCUACCUCCAGACGUCUCGGCAGCUAAAGCGCCUCGAGGCAGUCACGCGGAGCCCCCUGUACGCGCACUUCGGCGAGAGCGUGAGCGGCGUGGCCACCAUCCGCGCCUACGAGGCGGAGAAGAGGUUUAUCCAAGGAAACGAAGACCGCGUCAACAACCUCAACCGCGCCCACUUCUCCCUGUGGUGCUCGAACUACUGGCUCACCAACCGCGUCCGCAUGAUCGGGGCCGCCGUGUGCGCCCUGGUUGGCGGCUUCCUCGUGGGCUCGGUCUCAAGCGUCGACGGUUCCACCGCGGGCCUGGUGAUAACCUACUCGCUCAACUUCACCCUCACCAUCGUGUUCACUGUUAGGCUCCACGCGCAGAUGGAGAUGAGCGUCAACUCCAUCGAGCGUCUGGACGAGUACUGCAAGCUGCCUCAAGAGGCCCCCGCCGUAAUCCCGGACCGAAGACCGCCGUCCAACUGGCCGUCGGCGGGGGAAGUGGACAUCAAGAACCUCACCCUCAAGUACGCGUCGUCCAACGAACCGGUGCUUCACGGCUUGACGUUCCACGUUCCCCCCCGCACUCGUGUGGGGAUCGUCGGGCGCACUGGGGCUGGCAAGUCCUCUCUCAUGAACGCCCUCUUCCGGAUGGUGGAGCCCAUGCCCGGGUCAUCCGUCGUCGUCGACGGCGAGGACGUGCUGCGGAUGGGUCUCCAAGACCUGAGGAGGCGGUCGAACAUCGACCCCUUCGACGACUACUCCGACUCGGAUAUUUGGGACGCCCUAGGUCGGUGCCGGCUCCACGACUUCGUGGCCGCGCAGGAGCUGAAGCUGCAGCACGCAGUGUCCGCCGAAGGCAGCAACCUGUCGGUGGGGCAGCGGCAGCUCAUGUGCAUGGCGAGGGCCCUCUUGAGGCGCGCGGCGGUCCUGGUCAUGGACGAGGCGACUGCCAACGUCGACCCGGAAACGGACGCCUUGAUCCAGGAAGCCAUGAAAGAGGGAUUCGGCGAUUGCACAAUCCUCUGCAUCGCGCACAGGCUGCACACCGUGGCGUUUUACGACCGCGUGCUGGUCCUCGACCAGGGUCAGGUCGCCGAGUACGACACGCCUCUGGCUCUCUUGCAAGACCCCUACAGCCAAUUCCGGGGCAUGUGCGAAAAGGCGGGAGACCUGGAAGGACUUAAGCGCGUCGCACAGGAAGCGGCGGCCAAGUCUUCCGGAAGUUCACCCAAGACUGCCGCUGCGGCGGAAGAUCCGAUUUUCAUUUAAUGAUCCGACAUUUUGCUGGAAGGUCCGAUAUCUACACACAGGUUUGCCUCUCGGAUUUCGUACAGAACCCUCAACUAAUAGAACUAUUAGAAAAACUAAUAAGCUUUGGCAGUUGUGGUCGGUCCCUUGCACACGUAGAUACAGAUAUCGAACCCUGACCCAAAACAGUCCUGUUUUUUAUGUGUGUGUUUUUGGCCAUGUUUCAGUAAUUUGUUGUUUGGAGUGCGGAGGGUAAAGGGCUGCCACGUGCACCGGGUGCGGUGAUGAUGCGGCAGUGAUGGGGGUGGUUGUCAGCAAGAUGCGUGGCUGACGGAAACAAAAGGUGUUUCGCCUGCUGUGGACUGUCUUCUCGACGAUCCCCUCCUCCUUUUAUUUUUUCUCGUUUGCUUUGUAUGUUUAGGUAUGAUUUUCCGUCGGAGAGAGAGAGGGACGGCGGUUUAUCAGUAGACCGUCCUUGCGUGUGAUUGGAUUGUGGUUUUACCUGUUUCGCGUUUUUUUCUUUCGUACAUGUUUUCGCUGUUGAUUUUGGGGCGCGGGGCGCUGAAAAUUGCCGCGGAUAGAUCUCUUUCGUGUCGGUCUUUUGGGCGUUGGGGUGGCAUCAACGCGCUGGGGAGUAGUGAGGGGAAACUGGCGUUAGCCUUGGCGGAUUCGAUCCGCUUCGUGGUGGCCUCAAUGGCAUCACAAACUGCUGUCGAGGCCAAUGGUUAAUCAUGUGUCCUGGGAGCAAUUGAGUUUGUUGAAGCGCUUGCGAGGUGUGGGGGAGUCGCAGACGAGACGCCCCCCUCCCUGCUACCCCCGACCGAAGGCCUAGAAGAAAGGUAGGCCCGAGGGUCCAGCUCUCCCUACGUUCUUUUGUGUCGUUUUCUUCGUUUUUGCUGCACCUGCUAUCGAGCACCUGUUCUUCCAUUUCGUUUCCGUCGGCGUGGCGAUGGUCCAUCGGCACCUCAACGGGAAGAAGAGUGUGUGCGCGUUGUGGAGAUAUGGCUCCACUUGCGUGGUGAUUUUUGGGGACGAUUAUGAUUUGCGACGGGGUGGUUGUUCAACAGAGAGAGAGAGAGAGAGAGAGUAGCGUCGGCGAGUUGGCGGUGCCCCUGAUGGAUGGAGCUUUUGGUGCGAGUUUAAGGAGGGCACGCGCGCGCGUGAGGUUUUCGGGCGGGAGGUAUUACAAAUAUAAAUAUGAUGGUAUUUUU